CAGCAUUUGUCAAGAGAUUCAUGUCAGCAAAGGACAUCUAUAGCUUAUGUCGUUUUGCGGCUCGAAUAUGCAAGUGUUGGCAGUUUUCUUGUUUUUCAUCGCAAUCACCUUGCCAUCUGAAAAUAGCGGUCAGUGGCUUGAUGCAGCUGGAGAUCCAAAAGGAUGUCCUUCUGCAUGUCUGUGUUUUAAAGACCCCGUAAAAAUGUGGUACAAGACACAAUGUAGAAAUAUUGGUUACUGGCUGGCGCCUAAGGGAAUCUCGCAUCAAACCACACAUCUGGACUUCCAGGGAAACAGAAUCGUGUCGAUAACACGGAAGUACCUUUCUCCAUUCAAAGACUUGUACAAACUGAAUCUGGCAAGAAACAAAAUGGAUUAUAUAGAACCUGGAACCUUCAAAGAUUUGAAUGAGCUUGAAAUUUUGGAUAUCUCGGAAAAUCAAAUAACCUCACUACACAAUGGAGCGUUCGAUGGACUUUUCAAACUCACCUCCCUUUACCUCAACGAGAACAAUAUCACAAAAAUUGAGAGUGGAAGUUUCCAGGACUUGAAGAAUUUACAGCACCUUUGGCUUCAUAUUAAUAAGAUUCUCGAUCUUCCUCGCAAGCUCCUGUGGGGAAUGACAAAACUCAAAGUGCUGGGACUGAACUCUAACAACGUAACGAAAAUCGACCAAUUCCUUUUUCGUGACGCCGUUUCUCUCGAAUAUUUACUAUUCCAGUACAAUUUGCUAACAACCAUCGCAAACAACUCCUUUGCAAACGUCAGCCAUCUUCGAUAUUUGUUUUUGGACGACAAUAAACUGACCAGCAUGAAUCAAUAUACGCUAAAAGGAGCAUCAGCGCUGGAAAUCAUCUCAUUGUCAAACAACGAAAAAUUCGGAGAAGUUUCGAAGGGCACUUUUGGCUAUAUAAACUUUCCUCGACUCCGAUUGGUGUACGUGCUCAACACUCAGAUGGUGCAGAUUAAGAUGGAAACAUUUGAAGGACACUCUAAAGUUGGUGUCGUAAUCGCGCCCACACAAGACACGUUCCCGGUGAUUGCUCAGAACGAUACGAGGUUGCAGUACGGUCUUGGUCGAGAUGGGUUCAUCUGUAAUGGCUCCAUCUGCAGCCCUUGUCACUUUGGCGAGUAUCAGGACCGUGUGAAUGAGUCUUACAUCUGCAGGAAGUGCCCUCCAGGUGGAUUUUUCCAGAAUGCAGUAGGUCAUUAUGGCAAGAUUGCCGGACUGACAGGAUGUAAAUACUGUGCAAGAGGAACCUACGUCAAUGUUACAAGUGCUCCUGCUUUGAUCCGGUUUACAUGCAAAGUCUGUCCUGCAGGCACGAAGACAGACGACUGGUCUAACUACAGAGGAUGUUUUUGCAUUCAAAACUUCUAUCGCAAGCAUCGGUUCGGUGAAUGUGAAGCGUGCAAGAAAGGUGGUAUUCGUGGUGUUCUGUGCAAUGAAACCCAGAUGGUGAAAGAAGGCUAUUGGUGGCAGUUCAAAUCUUACAACGAGAGCUGGCGAUACCAGUUCUUUCUUGACACCCUCAUGGAACCGUAUGAGAACUACGAUCAUCGAUACCUUGGAUUUGAAGGAGAUUUCCCUAAAGCCUACCCAUGUCCAAGGGCAGCUUCAUGCCUUGGUUUGCUGCAGUCCGUACGAAAGCCUUGCGAGUCUGGAUAUGGAGGACCACUGUGUGAGGUUUGUGAGAGAGGGUUUCAUAAGUCAAUGUCUCGGUGCGUCAAAUGUCCGACCCUCAAGUGGCUCAUUGUACAAGUAUCGUUCGUUGCUGUCAUCAUUCUCGUCAUCAUCCUUAUUCUACUGAGAGAUGAACGAAAAGAGAAGAACAAAAGGAGAACGCUGACUGAUGUGGUGCUGGCCAGACUUAAAAUCGUCAUCGGUUUCUACCAGGUAACGUCAGGAACACUGGAUGCAUUCUCUUACGUCGAGUGGCCUGACGCCAUGCUCCAGCUCAGUAAUUACGCCAAGUUUCUUCAGCUCAACUUGGUUCAAAUCGCUCCCUUGCACUGCUUCACUGACAGCCUGAAAAUGAAUGCUUACAGUGCUCUCACCUUGUCUGUCGGCACGAACGUGGGUGUGGUGUUGAUUUGUUUCAUCUACUUCCACCUCAAACGGCUGUGUAUCAUUUUCUUAAGUAAGAAGAGUGAAGAGGAAAAAAUGGACGAUAUUCACUACUCCAAGUCCAACUGCUACAGAAGCGCGUUCCUUCUUCUGUUUGUGACAUUCCCCGAGACUUGUUCACGAAUCCUGGCCAUUCUACCACCAGCCUGCAUGAGGCUUUGCCAAGACAGAAAUGAGCAAAACUGCACUUCCUAUCUUAAGGCUGACUACAAUCUAAACUGCUUCGAUGAUCAAUACAACAAAUACGUAAAGUACGCGUACUUCGGAUCCGUCUACCCAAUCCUGUUCCCGUUGUUUACCAUCUUGAUUCUCUAUCUGUUUUACUACCGGAAAUACAUCAAGCCAGGCGCUCCUCCUCCCCAGCAGGAACAAAAACACUUGGCAAUUGUCGAUGGCAUGAAGUUUGUCUAUGAGAACUACAGUCCAAAGUGCUGGUAUUGGGAAAUCGUUGAGAUGCUGCGCAAGUUGAUCCUCACUUCUGGUCUGUCACUCAUUGGAUCUGAAGGACGUACCUACAUCGGGAUGGCGGCCAUGGGGUCUGGGUUCUACGCUGUUGCGCAUGCCCAGGCUCGUCCAAUCCCUGAUAACUUUGAACAUCUUCUGCAGCUGGCGUCGUUGGUCGCAACCUUCUUUAAUCUGAGUGUCGGAGUUCUUCUGAGGAUACCAAAAGUGAUGGAGAACUAUUCUAUUCAAGAGGACAGGGAUUCUGUUGGUGUGACUGUGAUCCUGGUCAUGGCGAACGUGACGGUCACUGGACUACUUGUUGCCCGCUAUAUGUUCUCACUUAGUCAGAGCAUAAUAUCAGUCAUUAAGAAUCCCCAGUGCACGUGGGAAUGCUGUAUUGGAGUCGUUCUCUCUGUCCAGGAGACUGGCACUGAUCUAAGUGAGAUUGGUGAAACCGCUGCCACCAAUGACUACAAGGUUGAUUUGCAACACACCGACACAAUGGGUAAUGGUGUUGAAGAUGUCGACGUAUUGGAGAUGGGUAUCGACAACAAGGGAGCAGAAGAAGAAGAAGAAGUCAAAGCCAAAGAAAAUAUCUACGACAACGAAUCCUACACUAGCUCUGAGGGAGGCAAGAAGUCUCCCGAAGGAGCCGAGAGUGACAAAGAUUCGUAUGAAGAAAAUCCUGGCGAGAGACAAGAACCUAUAGGCGAAGAACAGCUUAAGGAGCCAUCCGUCCCACUAGCUCAGGAUAUGGGGGACCGGGAUAGAAAGAGUCCUAACGAAGGAAUAGUGAAUGAAGGAAUGGAAGGAGAGAGGCCAGAGACGCUGGAUCCUUACGAUGUGGAGUUGAAAAUGGCAGGGGAUGAACAACAGGCUCAUGUCAACAUCGCCAUCGAAGACGAGAGUGUCGAAGAAACUAAAUUUUAAUUAAUCUAACGGAUUCGGGUAUAUAUAAUCUUUUAAAACUUUAAGGAUUUUAAGUAGUAUAGGAAAUCGCACGAUCUCGAGCACAAUUCGUAAUUUAUAGGUACGA